AUGGAUGUCCCCGAGCAUAGAGAUCUCGAUCAAAUCUCGGCCGAUAUUCGUUCUCCAAAACAUCUAGCACAACACAAAGACUCGAAAGCCGCAGAAGACUUGCCAGGUUUGGGAAAAUGGUAUUGCAUUCAGUGUGCGAAAUGGUAUGAAUCGGAAAAUAGUAUGCUGUCGCAUCUUAAAGGCAAACCUCAUAAAAGAAGGGUCAAGGCAUUGAAGGAGGGACCAUAUACACAAAGAGAUGCAGAAGCUGCUAUAGGACAAGGCCCUCCAGAUAAUGGUACCAGAAAUAAGGCUUUAGAUGUAGAGGUUGAGAUGGAAAACUCUGGAUUACUUGACGACCAGGAAACCUGA